GACUCCAGCUUGCAUCAUUUCUCGUGUCUUGCCAGCCGGUUGCAGACAGCAUACACUAUGGUGGAGUCGGUUCCUGAGUCCAUUAACUUUCCAUUGGAAGAGGAGAAGAUUCUGCAGUUUUGGAAUGAAAAAGACUGCUUCCAGGAAUGCCUCAAACAGUCUAAGAACAGACCCAGGUACACCUUCUAUGAUGGACCUCCUUUUGCCACUGGUCUGCCCCACUAUGGUCACAUCCUAGCUGGUACCAUCAAGGACAUUGUUACUCGCUUUGCCCACCAGAGCGGCUUCCAUGUGGACCGUCGCUUUGGAUGGGACUGUCAUGGCCUGCCUGUGGAGUAUGAGAUUGAUAAGACUCUGGGGAUCAAAGGCCCGGAAGAUGUGGCCAAGAUGGGCAUAGCUGAGUACAACAAGCAGUGUCGAAGCAUUGUCAUGAGAUACGCCAGUGAGUGGGAGUCUUCAGUGAAGAGAAUGGGUCGAUGGAUUGACUUCAAGAAUGACUACAAGACUCUUUACCCAUGGUUCAUGGAGACUGUCUGGUGGGUUUUCAAACAGCUGUAUGACAAAGGUCUGGUUUACCGAGGUGUCAAAGUCAUGCCUUUCUCCACUGCCUGCAACACCCCCCUGUCCAACUUUGAGUCCCAUCAGAACUACAAGGAUGUUCAGGAUCCCUCGGUGAUCGUCAACUUCCCGCUGGUUGAGAAUGAGGACGUUUCUUUGAUUGCCUGGACAACCACACCAUGGACGUUGCCGAGCAACCUGGCCCUUUGUGUGAACCCGGAGUUCAUUUAUGUCAAGGUCAAAGAUAUUACCACAGACAAGACCUACAUUAUGAUGGAGGCCAGACUGGGGGCUCUGUUUAAGUCAGAGAGCGAGUACACUGUCCUGGAAAAAUUUCCUGGUAAGACGCUGAAAGGAAAAAAAUACAAGCCUCUUUUCCAGUACUUUGCAAAGUGCUCAGAGAGAGGAGCAUUCCAGGUGGUGACAGAUAACUACGUCAAAGAGGAAGAGGGCACAGGAGUGGUCCACCAGGCACCUUACUUUGGAGCUGAUGAUUACAGGGUGUGCACCGACUACAACAUCAUCCAGAAGGACCAGGCUCCUAUCUGCCCCGUGGAUGCCUCGGGCUGCUUCACUUCAGAGGUCACUGACUUUGUGGGACAGUAUGUCAAAGAUGCUGACAAGAAUAUCAUCAAAUUCCUGAAGGAGAAGGGACGCCUCGUCAAUGCCAGCACCUUCAAACAUAGUUACCCCUUCUGCUGGAGGUCUGACACGCCACUCAUCUACAAAGCGGUCCCCAGCUGGUUUGUCCGAGUGGAGCACAUGGUGGAGAAACUACUGGACAACAAUGGAAUAUGCUACUGGGUUCCAGAGUUUGUGCGUGAGAAGCGUUUCGGGAACUGGCUGAGAGAUGCACGUGACUGGGCAGUUUCAAGGAACCGUUAUUGGGGCACACCAAUCCCCCUCUGGGUCAGCGAUGACUUUGAGGAGAUAGUUUGCAUAGGGUCCAUGGCCGAACUAGAAGAGCUGACUGGAGUCAAAAUAACUGAUCUGCAUCGGGAAAACAUUGACAGUUUGACAAUCCCCUCACGGCGUGGUAAGGGCGUGCUGCGUAGGAUCACAGAAGUGUUUGACUGCUGGUUUGAGAGUGGCAGCAUGCCUUAUGCUCAGGUUCACUACCCCUUCGAAAACAGGAAGGAGUUUGAGGACAGUUUCCCAGCAGACUUCAUCGCGGAAGGCAUUGACCAGACCAGAGGAUGGUUCUACACCCUGUUGGUGCUCUCCACAGCCCUGUUUGGCAAACCACCCUUCAAAAAUGUCAUUGUUAAUGGACUGGUGCUUGCUAGCGAUGGACAGAAGAUGAGCAAGCGCAAGAAGAACUACCCAGAUCCUGGGCAGAUAGUGCAGCGCUAUGGAGCUGAUGCCCUCAGACUGUACCUCAUCAAUUCUCCUGUAGUGAGAGCAGAGAACCUGCGUUUCAAAGAGGAGGGCGUGAGAGACGUGUUAAAGGACGUCUUCCUGCCGUGGUAUAAUGCCUAUCGCUUCCUGGUGCAGAAUGUACAAAGGUUACAGAAGGAGGAGGAUAUUAAAUUUCUGUACAAUGAAAACACGGCAAAGAAGAGUGACAAUAUCAUGGAUAAAUGGAUUCAGUCAUUCACACAGUCCCUCAUCCAGUUCUUCAAGGCUGAGAUGGAUGCGUACCGCCUGUACACCGUCGUGCCUCGCCUGGUCAAGUUUGUUGACAUGCUCACCAACUGGUAUGUCAGGACCAACAGACGCCGCCUGAAGGGAGAGAGUGGCACUGAGGACUGCUUGUGGGCGCUGGAAACCCUCUUCAGUGUUCUGUUCUCUAUGUGCAGGCUGAUGGCACCUUUCACACCCUUCAUUACCGAGAUGAUGUACCAAAAUCUGCUUCACCUCAUUGACCCUGCCUCUGUUGAAGAGAAGGACAACAGCAGCAUCCACUAUCUCAUGCUGCCUCAAGUCAGGGAGAACUUGAUUGACAAGCGCAUUGAAAGCGCCGUCUCUCAGAUGCAGUCUGUGAUUGAGCUGGGCAGAGUGAUCAGAGACAGGAAGACCCUGCCUGUCAAGUACCCAUUGAAGGAGGUGGUGGUCAUCCACCAGGACCCAGAGGCUCUGAAAGACAUCCAGUCACUGCAGAAAUACAUCCUUGAAGAGCUUAAUGUGCGACAGUUGACACUUUCAACAGACAAGGACAAGUAUGGUAUCCGCCUGAGAGCUGAGCCAGACCACAUGGUGCUGGGCAAGAGAUUAAAGGGGGCCUUCAAAGCAGUCACCGCUUCUAUCAAGGAGCUCACCAGCGAACAGCUUGAAGCCUUCCAGAAGAAAGGAUCUAUAAUGGUGGAUGGUCAUGAGCUCCAUGAAGAGGACCUGAGGCUUAUAUACACCUUUGACCAGAGCGCUGGUUCGGCUGCGCAAUAUGAAGCACACUCUGACGCACAGGUCCUGAUACUGUUGGAUGUCACCCCAGAUCAGUCUAUGGUGGAUGAAGGCGUUGCCAGAGAGGUCAUCAACCGCAUUCAGAAACUACGCAAGAAGGGGCAUUUGGUGCCAUCAGAUGAGAUAACAGUGUACUACCGCUCCCAGCCAGAGGGGGAGUACUUGGACUCUGUGAUCCAGGCUCACACUAACUUUAUCCUGGCUACCACCAAGGCUCCACUGCUUCCCUUCCCUGUCCCCAAAACUGCCAGCAUCAUCAUAGAGGAAAAGACUCAGCUGAAGGGUUCAGACUUGGAGUUAACCAUAGUAAAGGGAUCUUCAGCCCCUCGGGUUCCUCUAAAUGGACCAGCUUGCACAUACGUCAACCUCAGGGUGAAGGUCAACAACAAAGAACAAGAGGGUGUAGUGCUGUUGGAGAAUCCCAAAGGGGAUAACAGACCAGACUUGGACAAGCUGAAGAAAGUGUGCAGCAGCAUCUUUGGAACCAAUAACACACAGCUCAAAGUCUUCAGUGACGGGACUGAGCUUUCCAGCAAAACGGACCUCCAGGCUCUGACCGGUAAAACUUUGUCAGUGACCACAGGACCUUCCUCACCUGGCCCCGCCCCCUCCACCGACACCAUCCUGUGUCCUUAUGUAAACCUUCUGCUAUGUAACGCACAGCCAGCUGAGUGCCAAUCAGGAGAGGUGGGCACCCUCCUACUGGUCAACCCAGUCGGCCAAAACGUGCUUAACCUCAAAGGCUUGUUCUCUGAGGCUGCCAAAGUUUUUGGCCUCCGUAGCAGACGGCUCAAACUCUACCUGGAUGAAGACCUUACUCAGGAGCUGUCAGGUGAGUUUUCGGUGAAAUCUCUCAACACCAAAACUCUGUUUGUGAGAGUUCUUCCUACCACCGCCGAAGCAUAAAUCCACAAACCAUCUGAAGAACACUUGACAGACCACAGGUUCCCUAAAUGAAGCUUUCUACCACUCAAUAGCCUGACUGAUGUAUCAUGGAUUUAUGGCAGCAUGAAGUGACUUCAUGUGUUUGGAUGCAAAGCAGGCUUGUCUGUCAAAUUCAGAACUGUAUUCAGAACAAAAUCUAUAGAGUCACAAGCAACAAUGUCUUUUUGUAAGAUAAAUGCAUACAAAAAAAGAGCAAUGUCCUCAUAUUUAAACAGGGUGUAACUGUUUUUCUUCUUGACAAAACUUAAUGGUCUCUCUCACUUCCACCCCACCCCCCCCCCCGACUUGCACACAGGUUUUCCCCCUCAUUAUUAACCCUAUCAGCAUCUCUAAGUACCUUUUUCUGAUAAAUGUCUUGUUAGGUCAUAUUUAAUAUGGACCAGGAAGGGAUUUUUCUGGGUAAUGGUGGGUGUACAUUCUUCGGUAAAAAGUGGAUUCACCUCUGUAACAGAUGGUUUGUGCAGAACCAGCUCUUUCCAGGUUUCCAGGAAACUCUUUAAUUUGAUUAACUGUCAAUUUUUACCAGUGGAUGAUUUUCUUUAUUAUGAUAAUGAUGCAAGCUACUUCCCUUCAAGGCUUAUUUAAAGGGAGCUUAGUCCAGAGUAAUUAUUGCUUUGUCUCCUAAUUGGAAAAGAAAAUUUGGGCUAUUGUGCUUAUACACCAUUUUGAAUUUAACAGAUAAACCCAUUGUACUCAUUGCAUUGAGAACCAUUUGACAAUGGAAAAAGCAUUUAAAAGGUGAAAUGGGUUUCUGGGCUGCUGUACCUGGGGACAAAGAGGUUCUGUAAUGAAAAGAGCAACAAAUGAAUAAUGUACUAUUUUAAGUGGCUGAAUAAAUCAAAGGUGACUUAGAAUCAA